UAGGCUUAAUUACACUGUAAGCAGCACCCUGGAUCUUAGAACACUCUCUGAACACUCUAUGAACAAAAAAGAUCCUUUAGCGAAAAGGCAUCAACCCAGCAACCCUGCACCGCUCCGACACGCCCCCCUGACCCGCCUCCGACCUCCCCCUUCACAGCUCCUCUUCGGUGUGGCCGCCUUCAUGAAUAUCUUCGUGGCCUUUGCGUACUUCGGCCAGAUAUUCAUGAUCCUGACGCCCCCGCACUGGUGCCGCGCCCCGCCAGGACUCGAGGACCUCAACCUGACGGAGGCCCAGCUGAAGGAACUCACUCUCCCGCGCCGCGAAAACGGAGAGUUCCAGUCCUGUGCGAGAUAUGAUAUCAAUUUCACGCAGGUGGUGGAAAGCAACCUGAGCUGGCCCGACCCGGACUGGCCGCUCACCAGCUGUACACAUGGAUGGACUUACAACUUUUCCCUCUACUAUCCUACCAUUACGUCUCAGCUGGACUGGGUGUGCGACGAGGACUGGCGUCCGGCCCUGGCGCAGUCGCUCUUCUUCGUGGGCUCCAUGCUGGGGUCCCCGAGCCUAGGCUGGGCGGCCGACACGUGGGGCAGGCUCCCCAUCAUCAUCUUCACCAACGUCCUGGGGGGCGUCGCGGGGGUCGCCUCCGCCUUCAGCUCCUCCUUCGCGAUGUUCGCUGCCUGCAGGUUCUUCGUCGGGAUCACUCAUGAGCAGGAAGGACUCAUGGCUUUCGUCCUGUUUCUGGAGUACGUGGGCAGCGAGUACCGUACCCUCAUGGCAAACGUGCCUGGCAUGAUCUUCCUGACGCUGGGUGUGUGCGCUCUCCCCUGGAUUGCCCUUGCGCUUGGCGAUUGGCAGACGUUCACCAUCAUCAUCCACGCCGUUCAGUUUUUGUGCAUCUUUUUCAUUUGGGUCAUCCCCGAGUCAGCGAGGUGGUUGCUGAGUCAAGGUCGAGUGGACGACACACUGAAAAUCCUACAGCGAGUGGCCAGGAUCAACGGAAGGACAAUCACGCCCAAGAUGAUGCAAGACAUGAAGGCCUAUGGCGAGAAGCAGGCCGAAAGUCAGAGUUCGCGCCACGGAGUCACGACGCUCGACCUGUUCAGGACGCCGGUGCUCAGGCGUCGGUUCCUGAUCCUCUGCGUCAUGUGGGUCACGGUAACCGUGGUCUACGACGGCUUCAUACGCAACACGGCCAACAUCGGCUACGACGCGUUCUUCACCUUCACCAUCGCGGGGCUGCUGGAGUUCCCCGCCGACCUCCUGAUGAUAGUGACGACGGAGUGGCUGGGGCGCCGCCACACCACCGUAUGGUCGCUCGUGCUCUGCGGCAUCUCGGCUCUCUGCAUCGCCGCCAUUCCUGAAGCUAACACGAUUGGCAUCAUGAUCGUGGCCUUCGUGGGCAGGUUCCUCAGCACGAUGACGAUGAACGUGGGGCAUCAGUACCCGGUGGAGGUGCUGCCGACGGUGGCCCGGGGGCAGGGGUUGGGCUUCAUGCAGACCCUCGGGUUCGCUUCUGCCUUUGCUUCUCCGUACAUCGUUUAUUUGUCUAAGUACAGUUACUCCCUGCCGUACGUGAUCAUGGGCGUGAUGACCGUGAUUGCAGGCCUGGUGUGUCUCCUCCUCCCAGAAACCCUCAACGAGAACCUCCCGGACACGCUCGAGGACGGAGAGACCUUCUUCAGCGGCCAGAGUCUGUGCUUCAACCCAUGCGCCGCCAGACCCAAGAAAGGGAAACCAGCAAAGGACGACGUCGAGAGGAAGGGCGUGGACAACCCCGCCUUCGAGACGACGCGCCUCUAAGACGCCGCGAAUCGUCUACAGAAAAUUCGCGAUCGUCCCCUUCGUCUCAUGUGGCUGGCUUUUUUUGAGAUUUAUUGACCUUCAUUUUAUAUCUAUCAUCGCAGAAAAUAUACUACAUGACCAUCACCAUUAAGUCUCUCACUCAUCUGUUGUGUCAUGUAUGGUGCAGUUACAAAUGGUUAAUU